ACGAAAGAGAUUCGGAGCCUGUAGAGGAGCAAUCCCUUCAYAGUGAGAUGAGGGAUAUGCUAAAAGGCAUGUUUGCUGAGUUUAAAGAAGACAUAAUGCAAUCAGUAUCAGACACAAUGGAAGCAUUUAAUGACAGAGUUGAAGAGAAUGACCAGAGCGAGGCUGAAGAGGACUAUGGUAAUGAAGACAACUUAGACUUAAGUGCGAUAUUGCAGAGUGUUGUUACACCAGCUAAAGAGUCAACUUCAACAUCGAAAGAUGCAGAUAAAGCCGUAGCAGAGUUUGAUACGUUAGUUAAACAAUUGAAUCCAGAGGCUGCGACCGGAGACCCAAUAUGCGAGAAACUAGCGGUGCUGGUUAACAGCUUACUGAAGGAAGGAUUAUCAAAAGACCAGUUGACGAUGAAGAAAGAAUACCUGAAACCUCAGAAUUGCCCAACUCUUGAAACUCCAAAGAUAAAUACCAUGCUCUGGGCACAGCUAAAACAGGAGCCAAAAACGUUGGACUUGAGUAUUCAGAAAGGUCAAGGGCAUUUGAUGUCUGCUAUAUAUGCCUUGCUCAAAGUAUGUAAUCAGCUAGUGGAUAAGGCUGACAGCAAAGAGAUGCUCACAACGCUUACUCAUGCAGUUAUUGUGCAAGAGGUACUGGUGUCAAGUGAAGUUCAAAAUGAAAUUGAAAUACAAGUUGAUCCUGAUGAUUUGCCAGARGAUACUUCUACAUCAUGCCAUACUCGUGACGUCAGCACUCAGUGUUUUCUAGACCAGCCURUAUCAUAUGUGGUAACAGCAAAUGCUUCUACCCAGACAGACAAUCUGCCAGAAACACCAGCAGAUAACUUCAAU